AUGUCAAACGACGAGCAGUUGCCGCCAACUACGGGCCUACAAAACCUCAAGCUCGGCGGUAACGGCUCGAACGAUUCACUGAAGUUAUGUACUGAUGUCGGCCGCAAGCAAAGCGCUUCAUCUAUAUCCAGCGUGGAGGCCCUGUCCUCUCCGGACAGCACUCUGGGCUCUCCGGCUGCAUCUUCGAUGAUGAGUGGACUUGCUGCUGAAAUGCAGGCGCGUGUUCUCGCGUUGCAAUCGUCCCGUCUCAAGCGCACGGCUUCAAGCACUUCUCAACCCAGGGGUAUGACCCGGAAGCCGUCCAUGUGCCGUACUCCCUCGCUCUACCGGACUGCAUCAACGGCAAGUAAUAGCAACGUUGAUCUCACCACACCCAUUCCAUCCGAUUCCAGCAGUGAGGCGGCUUCAUCGGUAAGUUCGCCGGUUACGACCCCAACCGCAGAGCUACGACGUGUUGAGUUGAGUGACCCGCCGGCGGGCCCUCACCAUCCCCUUAAUUUGGACACUUCAAACGACUCGUCUCUCUCACAUCAAUCCAUUGCUUCCGAUAAAAAUCUUAGUGAUAGACCACUGCCUGCCCGUCCCGCCAGCAUGCCCAAUGUAGCAACUGGUGCUAUGACUGAUGUACCCGGAGGCGCUUUGACAGGUGCCAUGCCUAGUGGCUCAUUGACAGGGCCAAUUCCUAGUGGUGCUCUUACCGGAGCUCCCUCGGGAGCUUUGACAGGGGUACCGGGCGGUGCACUAACGGGAAACCUUCACCGGACUCCUAGUGCAAGUGGGCGUGUUUUACCAGUUCCAACUGCAACAACCUUGAAAAAGGCACAUAUGAACUUGCAUGGUGGAUCGAGCAUGUCUAGCCGCUUCCCAGGACUUUCAUUGCGUGAAGCACGAGGUGGAAGUGGCCCUAAUGGUCAAAAUAACGAAGAAUCUCUGAAACCAUCAAAACCUCGUGUUUCGGGUGGAAGGCGACCCUCUGGUUUAGUGCUGCCACCUCUUCCAGGUGGAGGAGGGCCUCAGGCAGCAGCGAUGGUUGGUCCAGCUGUUCGUUCACAGCGCAAAAACAAACUUUUUGCGUAUCAAAAAUAUAUUGAUAUCGAAUCAGGGUCACUUAAUUUUGCUGGCAAAGCAGUGAUUCACUCUAAAGGAAUUGACUUCAGCAACGGCACGUCUUUUCAAAUCUCUCUUGAUGAGCUCGAACCUCUCGAAGAGCUAGGUGCGGGCAAUUACGGUACCGUCACGCGGGUAGUGCACAAACCAACAAAAGUAGAGAUGGCCAUGAAAGAAAUUCGUUUAGAGCUCGACGAGGCUUCGUUCCGUCAAAUUCUCAUGGAACUUGAUAUCUUGCACCGCUGCCAUUCUGAACAUAUGGUAGACUUCUACGGCGCUUUCUUUGUCGAGGGUGCUGUAUACCUGUGUCUAGAGUAUAUGGAUGGUGGCUCGAUGAACCAAAUAUACGAAAAUGGCAUUCCUGAAAAAUACCUGAGAGAAGUGUCUCGCUCCGUCGUGCUGGGCCUCAAAGAACUGAAGGAGCGGCACAAGAUCAUCCACCGUGAUGUCAAGCCGACAAACGUCUUGUCGUCGUCGACCACUGGCAAGAUCAAGCUUUGUGAUUUCGGUGUAAGCGGGAACCUUGUUGCUUCGAUUGCUCGAACCAAUAUUGGCUGUCAAUCGUACAUGGCUCCUGAGCGUAUCAAUUAUGCUGCCUCCGCGCAGGCUGCGGAGUACUCUGUAGAGAGUGAUAUCUGGUCGCUUGGCCUCAGCAUUAUCGAAAUGGCCAUUGGUGUGUACCCAUAUCCGGCUGAGAUUUACAGCAACAUCUUCUCUCAGCUUUCGGCCAUUGUUGAGGGCCAACCGCCUCAGCUGGACCCUAAGAAAUUCAGUGCUGAAGCAUGCUCGUUCGUGGCCGCCUGUCUUUGUAAAGAUCCGCGAGUCCGGGCGUCUUAUGCUGAUCUACUUGCUCACCCUUGGCUCGCUAAUCACCCACCUUUAGAAAAUCACGAGAUUGCCGAGUUCGUGCGUGAACGACUUGAAGCAGCUAAGGGUAGUAAGUAG